AUGUUCGGGACGCUCAAGAUCGGAUCCGAGAAGAACUCGGCGGAAUUCAUCGAGCAUGCCAAAGGGGAGGCAGCAAGCCGGCUAGGGGGGUACGUCUUCUCGCACUCGGCCUGCGAGAACUGCCGCUUGAAAAAGCUACGUUGCAGCGGGCACAAAUCGGGCUGCGAUCGCUGCCGAAGCCAGGUGCUGAAGUGCUCCUACCACACAGCAGCCGAGGGUAACAGUUCGCGGCUGAAGUCGAGAUCACACGUCCCAGCCAACUUCUCUGCUACCAACGGGCCGGCGGGUAACAACAACAACAACAACAACAACAACAACAACAAAAAAAACAACAAUAGCGCCCCGAGCCCUCGUGUCAAUAAUGAUGCUAGUCAGGAGAUCGGUGGGUGGGAAAUGGCCGAGACGGAUCCGCCUGGCAGUGGAGUUAACACCAGUUCCCAGUUCUCGCGGGAUCUGCAUCACGUCAACCAGAGCGUACAAUCGAAUCUUAACGACCUGCCACUGGAUCUAACAUUCGACAGCGAGCUUGAGUAUUCGGAAAACGAUUUUAACGAUAUUAUCAGCUGCAUCACCGGCGUCCAGCCAGACGAUAUGCAGACGCAAGUCUUCUCGAGUGAAGUUAGUCGAGAGCUCCUCGAUGCAGAGGCCUUUGAUGCCAUGACAAAAACCGCGAACUUUAUGCUGGAUGACAUCGUGGCAUCGCAGCCUGCAUCCACCAAUGCCCCAUCACCGUUCAUGGCUUUCGGUCACAACUCGCCGUCCUCGCCGUUACGCCAAGACUUGGACCCCCCGGCUCAGGACGAAUCUUUCACAGCAAGCUUUGAAGCCGGCCGGGCCAGAUCGGGGACGGACCCAUCAAGCUGCCAAUGCCAAAGAUCUAUCCUCCGUGUCCUUGCGGAGAUCGAGUCGAAGAUUCUCUCAGCCGGUCCCAGCAACAUCUACGCGAUUCUGUCAUAUCAGCGGCUGACCACGGCAGCAAGCAACGACAUCUUGACAUCUCGUAUCUGCAAUUGCAGAGUCCAGCUUUUCGGGCUGCUAGGCAUCAUGGGCGAGAAGAUCACCAGCCUGUCUGAGGCAAUCAUCGCUGCAUUCGUCUGCCGCGUGAAGGAGCAAAGUGAGUCUGUGGAACCUGGCGGGUCCGAUGCUCCAGACAAGCGUCUUGAUCGCCACAGCGUAAUCCGGUUGGGCGAGUACCAGGUGCAGACGCUGCAGGAAUUCAAAGUCGUCUCGGCUGCCGUGAUCACGUUGCAGUUGAACUAUUCAGUGACUUUUGUCUCUCGCACUCGUGAACUUGCGUUUUCAAUGAACCAUCUGGCACAAGCUCAGAGUCUCAAGAAGCUCGAGAGCAGGCUGAAAAAGCUCUUCGUCAAGAUGCAACAGUUGGCCUCGGACGUCGAGUCGGAUUGCUGGGAUAUAUGA